UUUGCGAACGGUGAUGCAAAAGUUGACGCCCAUUUCCUCCUUGACUGUAUUUUGCAAAGCAUGGUCAAAAAGGACUUCCCACGGCUGCACGCCACGGUAGCUAAACUGCAUCGCAUUGUCAACGGAGGCUGCUCUAGUUUUGAUCUUCUUGUGAUUCGUCACACGCUCCAAUCUUAG